AUGAUUGAUAAUGAGACAAGUUUGGUGUACUUUGUAACUGAUUGUAAACCAACUUAUUCUGUACUUUCUACGUUCUGUAGUUCGUCCUCCGUUCCUCAAUUUUCCCAUCAAUCAAAAAGUGAUGGUACUGACCAAGAAGAGGAGCCUCGUCAGUCAGAAGUUAAUCUGAAUUAUUUCGAAGAGGAAAAUCAAAACUUUUCCUACUUCAAGUCUCCGAAUGGGCAAGAAUUCUGGACACCAAUAACUGAUGCUCAAUUUAAGCCUCGGGUCAAUCAGUUCUUCAACUCAAUAGAACAAGCAUACCUUUUUUAUCAAGAUUAUGGGCGCAUGUCUGGUUUUGAUGUUCGUAAGAAUGAACAGAAGAAGGAUAAGUUUGGAAAUCUCAGUCAUAAAUAUAUUAGAUGUAGUAAUGCAGGUUGCAGUGAUUUGACGAGUGCUACUAUCUCUUCGGUAGACGAUGCUGGUACUUCUUCUCAAAGGAGGAGGACAGCUUCACGUAGAUGUCUGUGUGAGGCGAAGAUUAUAUUAAAGUACAUGGGGCCACAAGGUUUUGUUGUGUUAUCAUUUGUUGAGGAUCACAAUCAUCCACUUGUUUCCGAGGAAGGGAGGAAAUUUAUGAAAUGCAAUCGAAAAUUGUCUUUCGCGCACAAGAGUUUUCUAUUUGAUGCUGGGAAAGUGAACAUCGGUCCAACCCGGGCAUAUUCUGUAUUGAAAGAGUUUUGUGGAUCUUUUGAAAAUGUUGGGGCGUCAGCCACUGAGUUUAAGAAUUUUGGAAGAGAUGUCAAAGCUCGUAUUGGUGAACAUGAUGCUGACAUUGUUAUUGACAAGUUUAAGAUGAAACAGGGGAUAACCAAAAAUUCUUUUUACUUUGAGUAUAAACAAGAUGUUGAAGGUCAUCUUACUGGACUAUUUUGGGCUGAUCCGAUCGGUAGGAAGAAUUACAGCAUAUUCGGUGAUGUUUUAGCAUUUGAUGCUACAUACCGAACAAAUAGGUACUCCAUGGUUUUUGUACCAUUUACUGGUGUGGACAAUCAUUGGUGCAAUGUAACUUUUGCUGCCGCUUUACUUGAGAAAGAGGAUUCUGAUAAUUUUGAAUGGGCACUCAAUGCAUUCAAAAAGUCAAUGGACCAUGACCCAAAGUGUAUUAUUACCGAUCAAUGUCUUGGGAUGAAAAAAGCGCUUGAAAUUGUUUGGAAUGAGGUGCCUCAUCGUCUCUGCAUGUGGCACAUAAUGAAUAAGAUGUCUUCGAAGGUUUGACACUGAUUUUAUCAUUUUAAACUUUAAUAUUUGUCUAUGCAGU